UCUACUUCCUUGGAUCCUGCAAUCGAAAUUUAGUCUUCCGGGCGGCUCGUGUUAUAUCGUCCAUAUAACAGAUUAUAACUCACAAUCACAAAUAUUAUCACAAAAAGUCUAGAUAAACUGAAACAAACAAAUGUAUCAGACUUAUUAACAUGACAAGGAUGUCAUUCUAAAUCAGUAUUACAUGCAUGCCAAACAUCCACUUUCUUAAAACAAUGACAGUGUGACGUCAGUCAUUCCGCUAAUCCGGAUUUAGAAAGUCCGAACAUGCCGAAAAAAAAAAGAUUUCAUUACUUACGUGUCACAUAUUGUCACAUGAGAGAUAAAAAUCAGUGAUGAAUGUCACACCAAAAUACAAUAUCUAUAUCUGACCUGGUGGCAUGUGAGACACGAUUGUCUUUUGACGUGUAAAAAUACUGAACAAAAAGUAUAUCAAUCAUAUUAAAACUUAAUAUCAAAUGUGGGCACUAAGCCUGACAGUAAACCAUUAUAGGUAUAUUCUACCAUCCCAUGUUUCGUUGAUAAGAUAAUCUGUUAAUCCGAAGGAUUUCAUGUGGACGAUAUCAUCCGAUUAAUAGGGUUUCACCGAUGAAGCGAUGAAACCCACACAUGGGGUACUUAAUUUGACGCUUAAUAACGAGAAUGGAAGUUGUAAUAUGUAUUUAUAUAUAUCAGGAAUUCCCUUCGACUUAAAUAUUUUGUAAUCCUGGGUUUUGUAAUAUGACCACAUGUUCCGUAUUCGAAAUACCGAGUGAGAAGAGUUUCGUAAACUGACGUAACCUAUAGCUAAAUAGAUCUGUGUUUUUGACAAAGCGAAAGUAGGUUUGAUCGCAAUGUGGCUGUAUUAAUAUCACCGUCAAAACAAUUAACGGAUAGAACAAUUUGAGUUGACUAACGCAGUGUUGUGCGCGCGGUAAUAUGUGUACAGCCUUCAAAGUCUCUUAAGCGAAUGUGAAAGGAGGAAGAACUCUGAUCAUGUACUUCUCGAGUAAGACCCGUCGUGUGGGAAAACCACACGUGGCUAUAAUUUGAUCGCAGUUAGUUACAUCUUCAUUGAGUACUCAGACGUUGGUUCUGGUAGCAGGAAUAAACCAACUUCGGAAUUAUCGUCCACAUACAGCUUAUUGGUAAAGACGCGGCCAUGUCUGAUACCGCUUCGCGUGUCAUGAUCAACCCGAAUUCCUCUGAAAACGGCAUCGGGACAGAGAACCAUUGUUUGUCUCGUGCACGGACAUGGGGAUGGAUAGCAGUGUCUGUAUCUCUGUGUGUUAAUGUUAUAUUACUUGUACUGUUGGUUCCUCUUGUAUGUCAUCGAGAAGAGACACAGACAAAUACUAUAAUGGCACAAUCCGCUGAAGUUAUGGACAAGUCAGCUGUGUGUACAAACUGUCGCCACUUCAGACCACAUGUUGACCUGCUGCAACUCAACAGUCAUCUGCAGGUAGUUCAAACGAAACAUGGCAACAUUUGCUGUCUUCGUCAAGCAGAAGGACUGUGGAGGCUUCUCAAUCUGAUGAAUAUAAAGUCGAUGAUGAUGCAGCAGCAACAGUCAAUCGGACGGCCCCUGUCGCUUCCUUCAUCAGCACACCUGUAUCUUGACACUGACACUGCCUCACAUUACAAAUGGACUGAUGAAGAUGGAUAUGGAGCUGCCCACGUGACGACGAAAGUUAAAUUGGUGGAUGGACGAAGAAUACAAGUAACAGAAGCAGGCUACUAUAAUAUCUACUCCUUCCUAACGCUGAAAACAAGAUCUGAGCUUGUCAACAACAUCAAUGUAAAGCAUUCAAUAACAAGAACCAACAGGCAGAAUUUGCCCGACACGGAUGUAAUACUGUACAAGAGUGUUGAAAUGUGUCGAACAAGUGAAACAUUCACUAACAGUUACCUUGACGGUGUAGUAAAACUUAAUUCAAAAGAUGAAAUUGACGUCCAAGUUUCUAAUACAAGUGCUUUAUAUAAAUUCCCACCUUCAAACUUCUUCGGUUUACAUCUCGUUAGAAGUAUAUGAAAAUGUGCGCAUUAAUAGGUAUGUUUUAACAUUUGUACCCACAAAUGUAUUUUCUCCACUGUCCAGUUUUUUAUCAAUUCCCGCUGUAUUCGGCGCUCAAAAAUUCAACACUUCUGCGAUCAAAAUUUUGUAAAUUCUGCAACAUUUGUUUUUAUAACUCUGCACACAAUUCUGCAAACCAUUAAAUUUAGUUUUCGUGAAUUUCGUAGACGUCUGUUUGACUUGUGACUGGCAUUUUUUCUGAAAAACUUAUCCACGGCUAAGAAUAGCUUUUUGAAGUGAAUCUGGCGAUCGCUUGUGUAAAAAUAUACACAUGCACUUUCGAUAAGCAAUAAUACAAAAGUCAACUUUACUGUAAACUUAUUUGAUUCAAUUAACCAUUUCUCAAAACGUAAAAUGUUUGAAAGAUCGUUUGUCGUUUUCUGAAACUUUUACACGUUUAAAACCAGCUUUCGACUCACAUGCGGCAGAUAUACUUGUCAUUAGAGGCGACAAUGCUUGUCGUAAGAGGCGACGAACGGGAUCGGGUGGUCAGGCUCGCUGACUUGGUUGAUGCAUGUCACCGUAUCCCAAUUGCGUAGAUCGAUGCUCAUGAUAUCAAUCAAUUGAUUGUCUGGGCCAGAAACAAUUAUUUACAGACCGCUGUCAUAUAGCUGGAAUAUUGCUGAAUGUAGCGUUAAAUAACAAACCAUGAAGUCGUUAGAAAGCCUGGCUUUCGAGUGUGUUCCCAAACAAGUUUAAUAAAUAUACAUUGCACUGCCUAAAAUCAAAAAGCUUUAUGUAUAUAUAUAUAUAUGAGAAAGACCACAAAUAAAACAAAUAUAUUGUACUUGUAUUCUCUUUUAUUAACUAUUAACACAUUUGGUUACUAAUGCCUUUUUGCUCUUAAUAUCUUUGUUUAUUUUAUUGUUACGACCGCCUCCGUGGUC